AUGGGUGAAAUUGAGGGCUCCUACAGGGCCAUACAGACCCCUGGCACCCGGCUGGGGGCCCAGUUCAACGCUGGGAUCAGUACCUUGGAGCCGGGCCAGAGCCUCAGUGAUGCCUUGGGAACAGGGGGUAAGGGCCAAGGCAGGGGACUACAGCUCAGGGUCCAGGGCCUGGACGACUCCCAGGAGUUCUACAACUUGGAGGUGAGUUGACCAUAGACCUAAUUCACGCUGCGGUCAUUAUGGUUCUUGAAUACUCUUUAUUGAUCUUCAGAGGGGAAGUUGGAUACCAUUUGUAGAACAGAUCCAUGCAGCUUCAUUUAUAUGGUCAUAAUUAAAUAAAUCAAACGUGUAGUUUGUUACAUAUAUGGGGAGAUCAAAACGCAAUGCAUGUCUUUUUGUUGGUCAGAAAAAUCACAUUGCAACAGUGAGACCAGGGGUGCAUCUUUCCUCUUUGUCAAGUAAGAGAAAGCAUUCUGUAGCAGAGGCACAACCGCAGACUGGUCUCUGUCCCCAGGUCUCUGUCCCCAGGUCUCUGUCCCCAGGUCUCUGUCCCCAGUUCCCUGGGCCACCCUGUGCGUGUGGCUCUGGUGGUGACAGCUGCCACAUGGCUUUGGUCCACAAAUCCCUUCCUCCUUUAAGACCGCUUACUGCUGGGACGCCCUGGUGUUACUGUAUUCUGAUUAACACUAUAGAGCUGAGCUGGGACGCCCUGGUGUUACUGUAUUCUGAUUAACACUAUAGAGCUGAGCUGGGACGCCCUGGUGUUACUGUAUUCUGAUUAACACUAUAGAGCUGAGCUGGGACGCCCUGGUGUUACUGUAUUCUGAUUAACACUAUAGAGCUGAGCUGGGACGCCCUGGUGUUACUGUAUUCUGAUUAACACUAUAGAGCUGAGCUGGGACGCCCUGGUGUUACUGUAUUCUGAUUAACACUAUAGAGCUGAGCUGGGACGCCCUGGUGUUACUGUAUUCUGAUUAACACUAUAGAGCUGAGCUGGGACGCCCUGGUGUUACUGUAUUCUGAUUAACACUAUAGAGCUGAGCUGGGACGCCCUGGUGUUACUGUAUUCUGAUUAACACUAUAGAGCUGAGCUGGGACGCCCUGGUGUUACUGUAUUCUGAUUAACACUAUAGAGCUGAGCUGGGACGCUCUGUUGUUACUGUAUUCUGAUUAACACUAUAGAGCUGAGCUGGGACGCCCUGGUGUUACUGUAUUCUGAUUAACACUAUAGAGCUGAGCUGGGACGCCCUGGUGUUACUGUAUUCUGAUUAACACUAUAGAGCUGAGCUGGGACGCCCUGGUGUUACUGUAUUCUGAUUAACACUAUAGAGCUGAGCUGGGACGCCCUGGUGUUACUGUAUUCUGAUUAACACUAUAGAGCUGAGCUGGGACGCCCUGGUGUUACUGUAUUCUGAUUAACACUAUAGAGCUGAGCUGGGACGCCCUGGUGUUACUGUAUUCUGAUUAACACUAUAGAGCUGAGCUGGGACGCCCUGGUGUUACUGUAUUCUGAUUAACACUAUAGAGCUGAGCUGGGACGCCCUGGUGUUACUGUAUUCUGAUUAACACUAUAGAGCUGAGCUGGGACGCCCUGGUGUUACUGUAUUCUGAUUAACACUAUAGAGCUGAGCUGGGACGCCCUGGUGUUACUGUAUUCUGAUUAACACUAUAGAGCUGAGCUGGGACGCCCUGGUGUUACUGUAUUCUGAUUAACACUAUAGAGCUGAGCUGGGACGCCCUGGUGUUACUGUAUUCUGAUUAACACUAUAGAGCUGAGCUGGGACGCCCUGGUGUUACUGUAUUCUGAUUAACACUAUAGAGCUGAGCUGGGACGCCCUGGUGUUACUGUAUUCUGAUUAACACUAUAGAGCUGAGCUGGGACGCCCUGGUGUUACUGUAUUCUGAUUAACACUAUAGAGCUGAGCUGGGACGCCCUGGUGUUACUGUAUUCUGAUUAACACUAUAUAGCUGAGCUGGGACGCCCUGGUGUUACUGUAUUCUGAUUAACACUAUAGAGCUGAGCUGGGACGCCCUGGUGUUACUGUAUUCUGAUUAACACUAUAGAGCUGAGCUGGGACGCCCUGGUGUUACUGUAUUCUGAUUAACACUAUAGAGCUGAGCUGGGACGCCCUGGUGUUACUGUAUUCUGAUUAACACUAUAGAGCUGAGCUGGGACGCCCUGGUGUUACUGUAUUCUGAUUAACACUAUAGAGCUGAGCUGGGACGCCCUGGUGUUACUGUAUUCUGAUUAACACUAUAGAGCUGAGCUGGGACGCUCUGUUGUUACUGUAUUCUGAUUAACACUAUAGAGCUGAGCUGGGACGCCCUGGUGUUACUGUAUUCUGAUUAACACUAUAGAGCUGAGCUGGGACGCCCUGGUGAUACUGUUAAUGUAACUGUUACUGUUACUCACCAGUGCACGGUUGUCCCUACUGUGGCUGUGAACUGUGCCUGGCUGCCGUGUGGUGUGGUUUGGCCGUCUGGUGUAGUCUGGUCAGGUGAGGUGUGGUGUAGCCCGGUCAGUGAGGCGUGGCCGUCUGGUGUAGCCCGGUCAGUGAGGCGUGGCCGUCUGGUGUAGCCCGGUCAGUGAGGCGUGGCCGUCUGGUGUAGCCCGGUCAGUGAGGUGUGGUGUAGCCCGGUCAGUGAGGUGUGGUGUAGCCCGGUCAGCGAGGCGUGACCGUCUGGUGUAGCCCAGUCAGUGAGGUGUGGUGUAGCCCGGUCAGUGAGGUGUGGCCGUCUGGUGUAGCCCGGUCAGUGAGGUGUGGCGUAGCCCGGUCAGUGAGGCGUGGCCAUCUGGUGUAGCCCGGUCAGUGAGGUGUGGCCGUCUGGUGUAGCCCGGUCAGUGAGGCGUGGCCGUCUGGUGUAGCCCGGUCAGUGAGGCGUGGCCGUCUGGUGUAGCCCGGUCAGUGAGGUGUGGCCGUCUGGUGUAGCCCGGUCAGUGAGGUGUGGUGUAGCCCGGUCAGCGAGGCGUGGCCGUCUGGUGUAGCCCAGUCAGUGAGGUGUGGUGUAGCCCGGUCAGUGAGGUGUGGCCGUCUGGUGUAGCCCGGUCAGUGAGGUGUGGCGUAGCCCGGUCAGUGAGGCGUGGCCAUCUGGUGUAGCCCGGUCAGUGAGGUGUGGCCGUCUGGUGUAGCCCGGUCAGUGAGGUGUGGCCGUCUGGUGUAGCCCGGUCAGUGAGGCGUGGCCGUCUGGUGUAGCCCGGUCAGUGAGGUGUGGCCGUCUGGUGUAGCCCGGUCAGUGAGGUGUGGUGUAGCCCGGUCAGUGAGGUCUGGUGUAGCCCGGUCAGUGAGGUGUGGUGUAGCCCGGUCAGUGAGGUGUGGUGUAGCCCGGUCAGUGAGGUGAGGCAUAGCCCGGUAUAUUGUGGGCGUCUGAUGGAGUAGUGUCUCUGCUCUAUUUUAUCCUUUGGUUGUGAUGGAGGUUGUUGAACCAUAGAAAUCCCACUGCUGAUCGACUACUGCCUAGAGAGAGAGACUUAAACGCUCCAACAUCUGCCUAUCUGGCAUGGUGGGGUUAGCACAGUAACAUUAUAUGGUCUGGCUCUUGGUUCCUCUCUCUGUUACAGAACAACACUAUGCUGAUCAAAGCAAUGUGGCCUUCUUCAUGACGCCAAUAUGAUGGCCAGAUUUCCUUACCUGUUCCUUUCCACCUGAGCAAGACAUCUCUCCUUCCUGUACUUUGAUGUUCCUCCAGUUUGUGCUGUCUGGUUUUGGGGCUGACUCCUCCUCCUUCUCUCUGGCCCGUAGUCAGGUCACAGCACACUGGGGCUGACUCCUCCUCCUCCUCCUCUCUGGCCCGUAGUCAGGUCACAGAACACUGGGGCUGACUCCUCCUCUCUGGCCCGUAGUCAGGUCACAGAACACUGGGGCUGACUCCUCCUCCUUCUCUCUGGCCCGUAGUCAGGUCACAGAACACUGGGGCUGACUCCUCCUCCUUCUCUCUGGCCCGUAGUCAGGACACAGAACACUGGGGCUGACUCCUCCUCCUUCUCUCUGGCCCGUAGUCAGGUCACAGCACACUGGGGCUGACUCCUCCUCCUCCUCUCUGGCCCGUAGUCAGGACACAGCACACUGGGGCUGACUCCUCCUCCUUCUCUCUGGCCCGUAGUCAGGUCACAGAACACUGGGGCUGACUCCUCCUCCUUCUCUCUGGCCCGUAGUCAGGUCACAGAACACUGGGGCUGACUCCUCCUCCUUCUCUCUGGCCCGUAGUCAGGUCACAGCACACUGGGGCUGACUCCUCCUCUCUGGCCCGUAGUCAGGUCACAGAACACUGGGGCUGACUCCUCCUCCUUCUCUCUGGCCCGUAGUCAGGUCACAGCACACUGGGGCUGACUCCUCCUCCUCCUCUCUGGCCCGUAGUCAGGUCACAGCACACUGGGGCUGACUCCUCCUCUCUGGCCCGUAGUCAGGACACAGAACACUGGGGCUGACUCCUCCUCUCUGGCCCGUAGUCAGGUCACAGAACACUGGGGCUGACUCCUCCUCUCUGGCCCGUAGUCAGGUCACAGAACACUGGGGCUGACUCCUCCUCUCUGGCCCGUAGUCAGGUCACAGAACACUGGGGCUGACUCCUCCUCCUUCUCUCUGGCCCGUAGUCAGGUCACAGCACACUGGGGCUGACUCCUCCUCCUCCUCUCUGGCCCGUAGUCAGGUCACAGCACACUGGGGCUGACUCCUCCUCUCUGGCCCGUAGUCAGGACACAGAACACUGGGGCUGACUCCUCCUCUCUGGCCCGUAGUCAGGUCACAGAACACUGGGGCUGACUCCUCCUCUCUGGCCCGUAGUCAGGUCACAGAACACUGGGGCUGACUCCUCCUCUCUGGCCCGUAGUCAGGACACAGAACACUGGGGCUGACUCCUCCUCUCUGGCCCGUAGUCAGGACACAGAACACUGGGGCUGACUCCUCCUCUCUGGCCCGUAGUCAGGUCACAGAACACUGGGGCUGACUCCUCCUCCUUCUCUCUGGCCCGUAGUCAGGUCACAGCACACUGGGGCUGACUCCUCCUCCUCCUCUCUGGCCCGUAGUCAGGUCACAGAACACUGGGGCUGACUCCUCCUCCUCCUCUCUGGCCCGUAGUCAGGUCACAGCACACUGGGGCUGACUCCUCCUCCUCCUCUCUGGCCCGUAGUCAGGUCACAGAACACUGGGGCUGACUCCUCCUCCUUCUCUCUGGCCCGUAGUCAGGUCACAGAACACUGGGGCUGACUCCUCCUCCUCCUCUCUGGCCCGUAGUCAGGUCACAGAACACUGGGGCUGACUCCUCCUCUCUGGCCCGUAGUCAGGUCACAGCACACUGGGGCUGACUCCUCCUCUCUGGCCCGUAGUCAGGUCACAGAACACUGGGGCUGACUCCUCCUCCUUCUCUCUGGCCCGUAGUCAGGUCACAGAACACUGGGGCUGACUCCUCCUCCUCCUCUCUGGCCCGUAGUCAGGACACAGAACACUGGGGCUGACUCCUCCUCCUUCUCUCUGGCCCGUAGUCAGGACACAGAACACUGGGGCUGACUCCUCCUCCUUCUCUCUGGCCCGUAGUCAGGUCACAGCACACUGGGGCUGACUCCUCCUCCUCCUCUCUGGCCCGUAGUCAGGACACAGCACACUGGGGCUGACUCCUCCUCCUUCUCUCUGGCCCGUAGUCAGGUCACAGAACACUGGGGCUGACUCCUCCUCCUUCUCUCUGGCCCGUAGUCAGGUCACAGAACACUGGGGCUGACUCCUCCUCCUUCUCUCUGGCCCGUAGUCAGGUCACAGCACACUGGGGCUGACUCCUCCUCUCUGGCCCGUAGUCAGGUCACAGAACACUGGGGCUGACUCCUCCUCCUUCUCUCUGGCCCGUAGUCAGGUCACAGCACACUGGGGCUGACUCCUCCUCCUCCUCUCUGGCCCGUAGUCAGGUCACAGCACACUGGGGCUGACUCCUCCUCUCUGGCCCGUAGUCAGGACACAGAACACUGGGGCUGACUCCUCCUCUCUGGCCCGUAGUCAGGUCACAGAACACUGGGGCUGACUCCUCCUCUCUGGCCCGUAGUCAGGUCACAGAACACUGGGGCUGACUCCUCCUCUCUGGCCCGUAGUCAGGACACAGAACACUGGGGCUGACUCCUCCUCUCUGGCCCGUAGUCAGGACACAGAACACUGGGGCUGACUCCUCCUCUCUGGCCCGUAGUCAGGUCACAGAACACUGGGGCUGACUCCUCCUCCUUCUCUCUGGCCCGUAGUCAGGUCACAGCACACUGGGGCUGACUCCUCCUCCUCCUCUCUGGCCCGUAGUCAGGUCACAGAACACUGGGGCUGACUCCUCCUCCUCCUCUCUGGCCCGUAGUCAGGUCACAGCACACUGGGGCUGACUCCUCCUCCUCCUCUCUGGCCCGUAGUCAGGUCACAGAACACUGGGGCUGACUCCUCCUCCUUCUCUCUGGCCCGUAGUCAGGUCACAGAACACUGGGGCUGACUCCUCCUCCUUCUCUCUGGCCCGUAGUCAGGUCACAGCACACUGGGGCUGACUCCUCCUCCUUCUCUCUGGCCCGUAGUCAGGUCACAGCACACUGGGGCUGACUCCUCCUCCUCCUCUCUGGCCCGUAGUCAGGUCACAGAACACUGGGGCUGACUCCUCCUCUCUGGCCCGUAGUCAGGUCACAGCACACUGGGGCUGACUCCUCCUCUCUGGCCCGUAGUCAGGUCACAGAACACUGGGGCUGACUCCUCCUCCUUCUCUCUGGCCCGUAGUCAGGUCACAGAACACUGGGGCUGACUCCUCCUCCUCCUCUCUGGCCCGUAGUCAGGACACAGAACACUGGGGCUGACUCCUCCUCCUUCUCUCUGGCCCGUAGUCAGGUCACAGAACACUGGGGCUGACUCCUCCUCUCUGGCCCGUAGUCAGGACACAGAACACUGGGGCUGACUCCUCCUCUCUGGCCCGUAGUCAGGACACAGAACACUGGGGCUGACUCCUCCUCUCUGGCCCGUAGUCAGGACACAGCACACUGGGGCUGACUCCUCCUCCUUCUCUCUGGCCCGUAGUCAGGACACAGAACACUGGGGCUGACUCCUCCUCCUCCUCCUCUCUGGCCCGUAGUCAGGUCACAGAACACUGGGGCUGACUCCUCCUCCUCCUCUCUGGCCCGUAGUCAGGUCACAGCACACUGGGGCUGACUCCUCCUCCUCCUCUCUGGCCCGUAGUCAGGUCACAGAACACUGGGGCUGACUCCUCCUCCUCCUCUCUGGCCCGUAGUCAGGACACAGAACACUGGGGCUGACUCCUCCUCCUCCUCCUCUCUGGCCCGUAGUCAGGACACAGAACACUGGGGCUGACUCCUCCUCCUCCUCUCUGGCCCGUAGUCAGGUCACAGAACACUGGGGCUGACUCCUCCUCCUCCUCCUCUCUGGCCCGUAGUCAGGACACAGAACACUGGGGCUGACUCCUCCUCCUCCUCUCUGGCCCGUAGUCAGGUCACAGAACACUGGGGCUGACUCCUCCUCCUCCUCCUCUCUGGCCCGUAGUCAGGUCACAGAACACUGGGGCUGACUCCUCCUCCUCCUCCUCUCUGGCCCGUAGUCAGGACACAGAACACUGGGGCUGACUCCUCCUCCUCCUCUCUGGCCCGUAGUCAGGUCACAGAACACUGGGGCUGACUCCUCCUCCUCCUCCUCUCUGGCCCGUAGUCGGGACACAGAACACUGGGGCUGACUCCUCCUCCUCCUCUCUGGCCCGUAGUCAGGUCACAGAACACUGGGGCUGACUCCUCCUCCUCCUCCUCCUCCUCUCUGGCCCGUAGUCAGGACACAGAACACUGGGGCUGACUCCUCCUCCUCCUCCUCUCUGGCCCGUAGUCAGGUCACAGAACACUGGGGCUGACCGGCUGACUCCUCCUCUCUGGCCCGUAGUCAGGUCACAGAACACUGGGGCUGACCGGCUGACUCCUCCUCUCUGGCCCGUAGUCAGGUCACAGCACACUGUCAUGUUUAGCAGACAAAGACACCAAUUAGGCCUCUCCCACAUACUGGCAGGAAACUGUAAAUCACCAUGCAGUUGGAAGAGAGGGGUGCAUGUGUUUGGCACUGUUUUCUUUACACAGCAGGGAUUUACAGUUCACACACAAAAGACUAUGGCUACGAGGCGACGCCAUAGCUGUAUUUUGGCUCUUUUAUACUAAAUAGGUUUGUUUUUGUCAUUCCAGUUGUCACUUUAGUUCCCUGUGGUUUUUCUAGCCUGUAACCCUAGAGGUGCUGGUGGUAGGCCAGCAUUUUGUAGCAUGUUGUGGUGGGUGGCUGGUUGGUAAGGGGCAUACUGGCUUUGACCCUGUCAUAGUCAAGGCCACCACUGAAAUCUAAUGCACGGUGUUUACACUCUAGUGUCUCCUACUCAAGCUACAAGUUAAAAUUAACUCCGGUUAAGGGAGCUUUGCCCUCCUAAUUAUACCAGGACAUAAUAGGAGUAAUAAUAAAUUGGAUCCUGAUGAAGGACUGGCUCUUGGCUUAGGCUAGGCUUAGAUAAUGAUUUGCUGCUUUCUUGCUUAAGGUUUUAGAUCCCCACUUGUCUUGUGGUGUGUGUGGCUUGCUGUCUGUCUAUCCUCUGCCUGCCUGUCUCCCUGGGUGGCUGAUUGGCUGGCUCUGGCUGGCUUGGUGGUUGGGCUGGCUGGCUGGGUUGGUUGGUUGGUUGGCUGACUGACUGACUCGCUGGCUGUCUCUCUGGCAGGACUGGCUGGCUGGCUGGCUGGCUUGGCGUGUGCAGGACCUCAUUCACUAGGCUAAUAGGAAGUGAUGAGGAAGUCACUACAUCACGCCACGUUUCCUGCUCUCUCUGUGGGGAGAAAAUCCAUCCAAGUAGAGUUUCCAAUAUGAAUAAACGCUGAAGGACUCGGACUCGGUUACCACUAGGGCUGUUGCGGUGACCGCGUUACCGGCACACCGGCGGUCACGAGUCGUGAAGGCAGUCAAAUUCCACGUGACCGUUUAGUCACUGUAACCAGGCUUCUCCAAACUCUGAUGCUGCUGAUGGUCAUUAGUAGCCUACCAAACUUGCUAUCUGCCUGGUACAACCACGGUGUCUGACAUUGCAAAUCUAAUCGAACGCUUCCCGAGAAGCUUGUGUUGCGCAACAUUUCUAUAGGCUAUGCAAUUGCGAGAGAACAGAGUUUUGAUGGCCUCAGUUAAAGACGAUCCCAUCAGCUUUCUAUAGGCUAGGCCUACUAUAUUUAUUUCUCAACUUUCCUAAUGUUCCUCUUUACAACAGGAGUAUAGCCUACCUGGCUGGCAUGAAAAUGAACCACGGGAAAAGCGUCCUCCAUUCGCUAUUUUUAAGUGCAUAGAUGACAUGUAUUUUUUUCCCCCCUACCCCUGUUUCGAGACUGGUGCGUGAUAAUGGUCCAUUCUAAAUCAAAACAAAUUUCACACAUUAUUUACACUGCUGAGACAACAUAACAACCCUGACAUAACACUGCUGAGACAACAUAACAACCCUGACAUAACACUGCUGAGACAACAUAACAACCCUGACAUAACACUGCUGAGACAACAUAACAACCCUGACAUAACACUGCCGCGACCGGGAGACCAAUGGGGCGUCGCACAAUUGGCCCAGCGUCGUCCAGGGUAGGGGAGGGAAUGGCCGGCAGGGAUGUAGCUCAGUUGAUAGAGCAUGGCGUUUGCAACGCCAGGGUUGUGGGUUCGAUUCCCACAGGGGGCCAGUAUGAAAAAUAAUGUAUGCACUCACUAACUGUAAGUCGCUCUGGAUAAGAGCGUCUGCUAAAUGACUAAAAUGUAAAUAACAACCCUGACAUAACACUGCUGAGACAAUAUAAACGUGUGGUUCAUUCUUCUAAACGUGUGGUUCUCCCUUCUAAACGUGUAGUUUAGAAGAUAGCGGGCUAAUGUGUUUGUAGUAAUACAUUAUUCAAUGUUUCUGUAAGUAUAUGGAGUAAUGAUUUAUCAGGAAGUAGGUAUAUACCUUGUAUUUACUAGUUGACUGAUAAUUCAUCUAAAUUAUUUGUGCUUUUUGCCGACAAAUUACCCAAGAGACAGGAUGAGAUGACGAAAACUACUCCAAUCCUCCUUAUAUCUACUAUGGCUUGUAAUUUAAUCUUGGUCCAAAUUUCCUAUGUGGACUCACUGUGCAAAAAUAGAUACAAAAUUGCAGUGUUUGAUGUUUCAAAAUUGCUGUGGCCUUCAACAAACUGUCAUCCUCUACAAAUCCAACCAGGGCUCUGAUGCUUUGAUGUUCUGAGGACUGACUCUGGUCUGGUCCACAGCUGCAGGUAGCUGGCUGGUCAAUGUCAGCCCAGUCACACAUUUAGCCUGUAUGGUUCUUGUCCAGAGCUCCAGGCCCCUCCUACGCUCAGGGCAACAGGAGAAAGCCCAUCCCUUGUGGUGGCUGGCCAGGGAGGCUGGCCAGGGAGGCUGGGCAGGGAACACAGCUUUCUUUUAUCCAGUCAGGCCCAGCCUGCCCCUCUCUUUGCUAGCCUUCUCCACUUCUCUGCUCUCUACUCUAACUCACCAUGCAAGCAGGGGGUGAAGGGGUAG